UAGACAUCCAGGUCCAGCAAGAAGUGGAACUCCAGACCAAGUCCUGGUCUUCACAUUCUGCUCAAGAUCAUGAGAAAGAAAUGGGAGGAGUAAAAGCAACUACAUCAUCUUUCAAAAUCCAGUCUCUUGUGACUGCAGAAGUUGAAUAUCAUGAGCCAGUCACCUCAAAAACUAAGGAAAAAAAAGGGAGCCCUCAAAAGAAACAUCGGACUCAGAUUGAGAAAAGGAAGCUUCGGGAGAAGAGGAGACCUACUGGAGUAGUAAAUAUGUUUCCAUCUGAGGAUCCUGAUGAGAAUGAAGAUGUUAUAGAGAACGAGGAACAUAGAGAGCAAGAAGUGGUCACCCAGAGUCAGGAUUUGAGGAUAUCUGAAGGAACUUGUACAGACAGGAUAGAUGUUCAUCCACUUGGUCCUGCUCCAGACAGUAGAGCUAACAACCUGAAAGAAAAACAGUCAUGGAUGGAGGAACUGCAGAAGGCAGUUAGAGGACAGAGACAAGAUAAUCUUAUAUUGACCUCCCAGCUGAAUGACAAGGAUGGAUCGCUGCUGCAGCUGCAAAUAGAAAUGAAAACAUUGACUCAGAAAAUGAAGAGAGCUGAGGAUGAAAAAAUGAAACUGAAAGAAGAAAACCAAAUGCUUAAGAUGAUGGACCAACUGAACAGUUAA